UGUGAAGGUAUUGAUCACAGGACCGUGGAGUGAGCUGUUGGGUCGAUACUCGUGUGUGUUUAAUCAGAGCACGGUCCCCGCUUCGCUCAUCCAACCUGGAGUACUACGCUGCUACUGUCCAGCCCACGAGGCCGGUCUGGUGUGUCUUCAGGUUCUAGAGUCUGGAGGUUCCGUCUCGUCCUCGGUUCUGUUUGAGUACCGAGCGAGGAACGCCAGCUCUCUGCCGAGCUCUCAGCUCGACUGGCUCUCAUUGGACGAUAAUCAGUUCAGGAUGUCCAUCCUGGAGCGACUGGAGCAGAUGGAGCGCAGGAUGGCAGAGAUGGCCACCCGCGACAACAACAACAACCAGCAGCAGCAGCAACAGCAUCAUCAUCAACAACAUGGCAGCCAGCUGGCCCCACCCCCCCUACCUGAAGACCAUGAACAGUGGUUCGAGAGGAGGAUUGUGGGAGUUUGUGAGAGGAUGAUGAGAGGAGGAAGGUGGGGAGGAGGAGGAGAGAGGCUUCAUCACCCGGUCCGUCACCGCGGGAUGACACUCCUCCACCUGGCUGCAGCACAAGGAUACACACACCUGAUACACACUCUGAUCCGCUGGAGGAGUGUUAACAGCGACAGUUUGGACUUGGAACAGGAAGUAGAUCCUCUGAACAUCGACCACUUCUCCUGCACCCCGCUGAUGUGGGCGUGUGCUCUGGGCCACCAGAGGGCAGCAGAGCUCCUGUACAGCUGGAACAGCUCUGCUCUGGGGCUCCCUGAUUCGCUGGGCCGCCUGCCACUCGCCGUGGCUCGCUCCCGAGGACACACCCGCCUCGCCACCGCGCUGGAGGAGCUGCACACGCACGUGGUGCCCAGGGACGACGUGCACACGCCCACCACGCCGCAACCACAGCCGUCACCGUCUCCUCUGUCCACCAGCCCAGACACAGGUCUGAGCUCCUCCAGCAGCCUCCCCUCCCCCAGUGACCCCUCCUCCCCCUCCCCAAGCUCCGCCUAUUCCAGUGGCCCCGCCCCCAUGGAUACCUCCCCCUCGUCUCUGUCUUCUUCCUCACUGCCGGUCUCCCCCUCCUCCCUGACCCCCCUCCCUGUGUCCAUGUGGGGGGAGGAGAUGACCUCCGGGCUCAACACAGGUCAGAACCCCGGAGGCUCCAGAGACUCUCCGCUCUUCCUGAUGGACUACGAGAGCACCUGUCCCCCCUCCCCCGCCCACACACACACACACCCGGCAGCCGGACGGCGAGCGCUGGAGGAGCAGCUGCUGAGCUAUGGAGAGAACGCAGAGAACGAGGGAGAGGAGGAGGAGUUCCUGGAGGAGGAGGUGCUGCAGGUUGACAUGGCGACGCUGGCGGAGCAGAUCAUCGAGGCGACCCCGGAGCGAAUCAAACAGGAGGACUUCUCUAGGGGGGCGGAGUCACCGCUCAGAGAGAGGCGGGACAACCCCGCCAUACAGGUCACCUGGCUUGCUACGUACCUCGACACGGUCGACGUCCACACGCACUCCCCGCCCAGACGGGUGUGCCCGCCCUCACCCCUCAGCGCACUGGCCCUCCAGAGGCUCCGCCCCCCUUCCUCCGUGGCGUGGGCGGAGUUCCUGAACGCUUCAGCCAAUGGGAAGAUAGAAAGAGACUUCGCCCUGCUGACGCUGACGGACGGAGAGCAGAGGGAGCUGUACGAGGCCGCCAGGAUCAUCCAGAACGCCUUUAGGAGAUACAAGGGUCGGAGGUUAAAGGAGCAGCAGGACAUGGCUGCAGCCGUCAUACAGAGAUGCUACAGGAAGUACAAACAGCUAACAUGGAUAGCUCUGAAGUACGCUCUCUACAAGAAGAUGACCCAGGCGGCCAUCUUGAUCCAGUCCAAGUUCAGGUCCUACUACGAGCAGAAGCGGUUCCAACAGAGCCGACGGGCGGCGGUCCUCAUCCAGCAGUACUACCGCAGCUACAAGGAGUACGAGAGGCUGAAGCAGGGUCCAAGAGGGGCCACCAGUCACAACCCCAAGCUCAAGUAAGACCUGAACCAUGCAUCUGUUAGAACCAGAUCAGGUUAGACCUGAUCCAUACACCUGUCAGAACCAGAUCAGGUUAGACCUCAUCCAUACACCUGUCAGAACCAGAUCAGGUUAGACCUCAUCCAUACACCUGUUAGUACCAGAUCAGGUUAGACCUCAUCCAUACACCUGUUAGUACCAGAUCAGGUUAGACCUCAUCCAUACACCUGUUAGAACCAGAUCAGGUUAGACCUCAUCCAUACACCUGUUAGAACCAGAUCAGGUUAGACCUGUUAGAGGGUAUUGAUUACAGACGGAGGGAAUCAAAAUAUAUCAUCCACGUGAAUCGUGUAGAUCCGUAGAGUUUAUUUUUUGG